AUUCGCUAGAACAAAUCAUUCACUCGCUGAAUGAUAACUAUAAGUUCCAUUCAAACUCAUUCAGUUGUAGCGUAACUGUCAUUGUGGUUUGUUGUGUUGUCUGUUUUUUAACAAAUUAUUUCGGAAUUUUCAAAAUUAUUACAAAAUUUUAAAUUUAUUUAAUAUGGAGGAAUCUCAGAUCAAAGCGUUUUACAGUGGAAAAAACUUAUUUAUAACUGGUGGUACUGGAUUCGUUGGUUUGUGUUUGAUUGAGAAAAUGUUAAGAACGAUUCCGGAUGUAGGCAAAAUAUAUUUGUUGAUGAGACCUAAGAAAGGUAAAGAAAUAGCUGAUAGACUACAAGAAUUUCCUGCAAAUCCGGUGUUUGAGCAUCUCCUCCAAAAUACAUCCAAAGAUAUAUUCAACAAACUUGUACCGAUAUCCGGAGAUGUCGGUGUAGAGAAUCUCGGAAUCAAUGAUAAUGAUCGUCAGAUACUUAUAGAUGAAGUAAAUAUAGUUAUUCAUUCAGCUGCAACCCUCGACUUUGAGGAGAACCUACGACCGACGGUCAAGAUCAAUGUACUCGGAACCAGAUAUGUUAUGGACUUAUGCCAGCAAAUUAAAAACCUCAAGGUUAUGAUACAUGUGUCAUCGGCUUAUGUGAACUCGUACUUGAAAGAAGUGGAUGAGAAGGUGUACGACCGGCCAGCGGACCCCGAAAAUAUCAUUAAUAUGGUGAACACACUGACGGAUGAUGCCUUGAAUGAUGUGGAGAGGCUGAUAUUAAAAAACCAUCCCAAUACAUACACUUUCACUAAACAUUUAGCGGAGCACGAGGUUAAGAAAUGUGAGGCGAUGUUCCCCAUCUCUAUAGUGAGACCUACUAUGAUUGUGGCGGCUCUGAAGGAACCAGUACCCGGUUGGACCUGUUCCAAGGUCGGGCCACAAGGAUUCCUAAUGGGAGCGGCUAAAGGCGUUGUUCGCCGUCUGCCGAUAGCAAAGGAGAACAUAGCCGACUAUAUACCCGUGGACAUAGUUGUGAACCAACUACUAGCAGCGGGAUGGAACGCUGCUAGACAGAAUUCCGGUCUCCAAGUGUAUCACUGCUCCACAUCAACCCAAAAUCCAUUCCGAUGGUCCAUCUUAGAGUCUGUUGUAAACAAAAUUUUAACUAACUACCCGUUGAAGAGCGCUGUGUGGUAUCCACACUUAGCGUUUGUGAGGUCAUUAUGGUUGUUCCGUCUGUCAGCUAUCUUCAUUCACUUCUUCCCGGCUGUACUAUUGGAUAUGUUGUUAAGAAUCACCGGGGGGAAACCUAUAUUAUUCCGUCUGCACAAAAACGUUUGGAACUCGCUGAGUCGUCUCGAAGUGUUCAUAUUCACCGAGUGGAAAUUCAAUAACCCACGGACGAGGGAGCUGUCAGCGAUGAUGAACAAAACAGACAGCGAGCUAUUUGAUAUUGAUGUCUCUAAAAUCUAUUGGGAAGAGUAUUUUGUUAAGUUGCAUCUCGGCGUCAGGAGAUAUCUGAACAAGGAGACAGAGAAGACGUUGGCUGCGGCCAAAACUAAAAAUAACAUCCUAUAUUAUGUGCAUAUUAUCUGGCAAGUGAUGAUUUUGGGUCUUUUAUGGGUCAUAAUAUCAUGGGUCACCGGCCUGGGUCUAACCCAGACAUCAUGGGUUAUACCCCCCAUAUACCUGUUAUACAGCAUGCUAUAAAUGUCAUAUUCUACUAAUAAAUAUUUAUUUAAUGA